UUGCUAGAUUUUCAUAUUUUUGUUAGGUUUAAACAUGCAGAGAAACUGUUAGUGUUGCAGUUAUGCCUGUUCAAAUUAAGUAGACUCCACUCACAGAGGCUCAGCUCUUAGGCACGCUGCUUCCCGCCCAUUGCUUCAGGAUCCUCCCCGCCUCUCUACCGUUUCAUGGGCUUUCAUAAUACCAGGCAUUACUCAAGUCGCCACCCUAGGGACUAGUUGUCCUCGUGGUUAGUCUGCUUAAUACAAACGCAAAGAGGAUCGUCUUGUCUCCACCAGCCGCGCACUCUGAGCUGAAGGCAAAUUUCUUGCCAGAGAAGAAGAGGCCAGCCAUUCAUUACAGCUUCACUGGUGUCCAUACUCUUCGUCAGCCGGAGCCAGUAUGCAGGAAGAGUCUAAGCAAAGAAGAAUGACCAUGGACUUUUCCCAGCUGCACACAUACACGCCUCCACAGUGCGCUCCAGAGAACACCGGCUAUACUUAUUCUCUCAGUUCAAGUUACUCCACUGCAGCAUUAGAGUUUGAGAAGGAGCACCAGAUUGCUCCUGUGUACGAGUCGCCUAAGAUGUCACGACGGAGCCUGCGUCUGCAGAACAGUGCCAGUCAUUAUGGUACGGAGAGUGGGGCUGAUUACUCGCAGAACCACACAAGCAGCUAUACCAGCACCAGGAAGGAGGGACGGACGUCACGAAGCAGAAAGCAGCAGUCUACGUCCAGUUCUAUGUCUUUAUCCCUGAGCCAAAUAGCAACACCAAGACAAACCCUGUCCUUCUCAGCUGCUAGUACCCCGAUCGACAGCAGCAGAACCACUCAUGAAAGCGACAGAACGUCUGACGUCUCACUGCUGGCGUCGGCUCAGGAUCAAUCUCGCUUGAGGCAGCGCCGAGUAACCACCACCACGACUACCACAACCACUACUGUGGAUGGACAGUGGGGGCAGCGCUCCAGCCACAGUUCAUCAAACAUCAAUGGAGAUGCCAGCGUUUCCAAGUCCCACGCCUCGCUACCUAAUGGUUACAUCUGCAAAGAUUGUUCAUUUCACUCUCAGAAAACGGACUCCCAUAUCACAGAGUCAUCAUUAUCCUCAUCGCCCUGCCAAACAGCGGAACUCUCCACUGAUGUCCUCUCCUCCGUAUCUUCACCUUACACAAGUAUUUAUACCAGGGACAGAAGUCGAAGGAACAAGACGGGUGUCCUGAUGUCAAUGGGGAACUCAUGUAUGCAAUACAGCAAAAAAGCCCUGGCUCACAUCGCGUCGUUAGUCUCCAUCUUCUACAGCAGUUUGGUCUGGCUGGUUACUAAGACCAGGAGCUCAGCAGGAAAAGGGGUUUCGUCGGAUGUGUCAGCAGGUGUCCAGGCCUCGUUCUCAGACUCCUGGAGACAAGCCUGGUCCUCUUCUUUGUCCAACCUGUGGCUAUUUAGGCAGACUGCCCUCCACAGGAUGAUGGGCUCCAAGGUGUAUGGCUUUGAAGAACAAGGUCACUCUAGCUUCUGUGGAAGCAUGAACGUGAAGGAUCUGGUGACGGAAGAAACCUCCCAUCUUAAUCUCAAUGGUUCCCUAUGUGAUGACUGUAAAGGAAAGCAGUACACUGAGUCUCACACCGUCGUCCUCACACAGACCUCUAGGUCAAGGCGCUUCAUGGGGGCGCUGUGGAGCCUCCUAGCUUAUGCAGGUUCCUGUCUGCUGCAGCCUGGUCAAUGUGUGCUUGGGGCUGGUAAAGCUUUAGGUUCAGGAGUUACCUCAGCAGCGCAGAGGCUCCUCUCAUUCUUCUGGAUGAUCGUAGCAACCCCCGUGAAGGCAGGAAAGGGACUGCUGUGGUUUCUUGCAACAGGAUGGUACCAGAUGGUGUCUUUCAUGUCUUUCCUCAACGUCUUCUUUCUGACUCAAUGCCUUCCCAAACUCUGGAAACUCCUCUUGCUCCUUUUGCUCCUUCUGCUCCUUCUGCUUUUAUGGUGGUGGCUUCCGUCCGCCGCUGCUCUGCUUGCCUACCUUCCAGCCAUAAACCUCACUGAGUGGCGUUCUAGAUCCUCAUUCAACUACUUCUCGAACUUGGCUGCUGUUCCUGCUGCUGUCCCUGCAACAGAGUCUCCCAUGGAGCAGGCUCAUGUCACUCCAGUCUCGCAAGCAACACCAAUCCUUCCCCCAGUCAGCGUCCACAGUACGGUGGACUUGGAGCGUCUCGAACGUGUUGAGCGACAGCUGGCGUUGUUGUGGGACAAAGUCCAGCAGGGAGACCAGAAGCAGGACCAGCGUCACAGUGAUAUUCUGGGUCUCUACAGCUCCCUGAGAGAGCAGCUCCACAGUCAGAAUGAGAGGGAGAGCUUUGAGGUGUGGGUGUCGUCUCUGAUAGAGCAGCGGCUGGGGGUGCUGCGAGGAGAGCUGGAGCAGGAGAGCAAAAACAGAGCACAGGGUUUAGAGCUGCAGAAAGAGCAACAUGAUAGUCAGUCAUCACGUCUGGCUGAUCUGGAGCUGCUGCUCAAGGCUUUGGCAACCAAAACUGAGGAGAUGCAACAGAACCAACAGAAGUAUGAGCAGAAGAGGGAUGAAAGGGAGAAAGUUUCUAAAUCUGCUGCAGUCUCGCCUCCUGUCAGUGUGAGUGUGAAGCAGGAGGACCAUGAUGCUUUGCUGCUUGAGGUGCAGAGACUUGAAGCAGAGCUGGGUAAAAUCAGGGGGGACCUGCAGGGCGUUGCAGGAUGUAAGGGCAAAUGUGAGCAGCUGAAUGGACUGCAGGAGACUAUAUCUGGUCAAGUUUCCUUGCAGCUGAGGAAAGAGCUACAGGCUUUGUUCUUUGGCAGAGGUUCAUCAGCAGAGCAGCAGGGGGAAAUCCCUGAAUCUCUGAUUCAAUGGCUGUCACAGCGUUAUGUGAGCACGCCCGACCUGCAGGCGGCUCUGGCCUCCAUCGAGCAUAGCAUCCUGAAAAACAUAUCAUUACAACUGGAGCACAGCCAAGCUCAGACACUAAACCAAGCCGAGACCAGGACCAGAAGCAUCGUUCAGACGGUAACGGGGACGGUUCAGCACACGUCUACAGCGGAGGGCCUCUCUGAGGAGCAUGUGAAGCUGAUUGUUCAGAACGCCCUGAAGCUUUACUCCCAAGACCGCACGGGUCAGGUGGACUAUGCCCUGGAGUCUGGAGGUGGUAGCAUCCUUAGCACCCGCUGCUCCGAGACGUAUGAGACAAAAACGGCCCUGAUGAGUUUGUUCGGCCUGCCGCUCUGGUACUUCUCCCAGUCUCCCCGUGUUGUCAUCCAGCCUGAUGUGUAUCCUGGUAACUGCUGGGCGUUUAAAGGCUCUCAAGGUUAUCUGGUGAUCAGGCUAUCCCUGAGGAUCCUGCCCACAUCCUUCUGUGUGGAGCACAUCCCCAAGGCCCUCUCUCCCACAGGAAACAUCACCAGUGCUCCACGCAACUUCACUGUCUUUGGUUUAGAUGACGAGUACCAAGAGGAAGGAACACUGCUUGGGGACUAUACAUAUGAGGAGGAUGGCGAGGCUUUGCAGAUCUUUCCUGUUAAGGAGAAAAACGAGAAAUCUUUCCAGAUUAUCGAGGUGCGGGUUCUGUCUAACUGGGGUCAUCCAGAAUACACGUGCUUGUACCGCUUCAGGGUCCACGGAGAACCUCGUCCCGAAUGAAGCAACCAGCAGCAGACACACUAAUAAAACUACAUAACACCCCACCUGUAUAUAACUCCCACCAGCUUCUUUGAAACAGAGGGGACCUCACAGUGUGGACAGUUUGGUAUGAAAGCCAUGAAGACAGAGACAUUGUGGACGUAAAAGAAAUGUGGCGAGAUGGAAUGAAAAGUAGGUUUAUGAAAUUCUGAAAUAAUCACAGGGAUGUUUGUGUGUCUGUAAAGGACU